GUCACAUAACUGUUCACAGAGAAAGACCCGGCAAUGUUCUCUCCAAAGGCCGAGACACCGAGCUGUCGUGUGAUCACCGAUAUCCAACCAUGCCAUCUUACACAUGUCGAGCGUUUAUAUCGCAAUAUUCACACCCGGCCGGUUCAUUUUCAAACGAGGCUCUCGAAACAUGGCCUCAUCUAUUUUGCGCCUACCGCAAUAUCCAAAUCGUGCGAACCAUGGGCGGACGGUUUUGGCAAGACACCCGAAUCCCAACUUUCUUAGCGUCUCACUGGACCCGACCAAUAAGUAAUUCGUCACGUAGCACGGAACUGCACGCUGCAGCAUUCGAAUUGCUAACUACCACCCUGCGAGAAAUUCUUGUCUCGCAGCCUUUUCCCUCUUCCCAGGCUAUCAGGUCGCACAACACCCCCCCCCCCCCCAAAGGCCAGUCAGCGAUUGGGUACUAUGUGCAUGGUGCGGAACAUAUUACAGCUGCCACACCGGAUGUGGCCCUGGUCCUGUCUGGCCUCCCACCCUCCUCAUGCUGCCGCUGGUUGAGACUCGCAACGGCGAUUCGUGAAACCAGACUUCGCCCCUCCGGAUGCAGCAGAUGCACGAGGCCCAAUUCGGUCGAUGGUCGUCGGCAACGACGUGUGUAGGAAUCAAUCGCCUCAGUACACAUGGACACAUUAACUAUGCCUACUCAUGCAAUAGGCAAUCGACACGACGAAUCUAUCGUUGCAGUGCGCGGCCAGUGAGUACCAAGAAUGCAUCUUUCGUCCGAGGUUUCGCGAUGCUCCUCAGUAUCAUAUCAUGCUUCCAUGAAGAGAUAGCUUGGUCCCGUCUUACAUGUAUCGUCAUAUCAUGCCCCUCCAGACCCUCGCUCUCAGCUCAACCACGUAUCCCAUCACUAACCGUAUUCGCCACCACUCACGGACUAUAUUCAAUCCUAGCCAUAUUCCUAAGCCGAA